AUGAGUCCUUAUCAGCCGGUUAUACCCUUCGGAAAACAGUUUAGAGAAGAAUUCUUUACGUUAUUAGACCAUGAAGUUACUCCAGUUAACCAUGGGUCGUAUGGUCUAACCCCAACACCGGUUCUUAAUAAGUUCAUCGAAUGUAUUAGGGAUGAGAAUAAAUUUCCAGACAAAUUUGUGAAAGUAAGACAGCAGGCAGAAUACAUUCAUUCUAUCAAAAUAAUUGCAGAAGAAGUACUCAAAUGUGACUAUCACAACUUGGCCAUAGUGGACAACGCCACCAGUGCAGUUAAUACUAUAUUGAGACUGUAUCCAUUUGAGAAAGGAGAUAAGAUUGUGAUGCCAAGUACGGUAUACGAAAGUUGUGGGAACACCGUCAAGUUUUUACAGAAGAAUAUUGGUAUUGUGCCUGUAUAUGUAGAACUUGAAUAUCCAUUAAGUGAUGAUGAUAUUGUCAAUAAGUUUGAGAAAGUGUUCCAAGGUUCGUCGAUUAAGUUAUGUCUUUUUGAUGUGAUCAUCUCAAACCCAGGCAUUAGAUUCCCUUUUGAAAGGCUCACGAAGCUUUGUCAAAAAUAUAAAGUUUUGUCCUUAAUCGAUGGUGCUCAUUCUGUAGGAAUAUUACCAAUGGAUUUAGGGGUGCUCAAACCUGACUUUUACACUUCGAACUUGCAUAAAUGGUUAUUUGUUCCCAGAGGAUGUGCCAUUUUAUAUGUUGGUUCUAAGCAUUUCUCAUCCAUUGAAACUAUGCCGAUUGGACAUGUAUUUGUUGAUAGCGAAGAUUCGUUAUCAUAUCCACCAGAGAUGGAGUUAAUCGAGAAAUUCAAGUUUGUAGCCACGAAGACAUUUGCCCAAGUAUCAUGCAUUGAAGCGGCUAUCAACUUCAGAAGAAAUGCAUGUGUUGGUGAAUCUACUAUCUAUGAAUACUGCAAUGACCUAUGCCAUAAGGUAGGACUCCUCAUCACCAAAGAUAAAUGGCAUGGCAUGAGUAUUUUGAAUGAUGGAUUUGAUACGGUAACCACUAUGAUCAACAUAGAAGUACCAAUAGAUAAUAUUGCUAAGAGAGAAAAUAUUGUAAUGGACAAUAGCAGUACUGAGCAGCAAGUGAAGUUUUUGCGGUUUUCUAGAACGUUCAUAGAACAAGAAAUGAUCAACAAAUAUCACACUUUCAUUCCGAUGUUUUACCAUCAUGGGAAGUUAUAUGCCAGGUUUUCUUGUCAGAUAUACAAUGAGUUAGAUGAUUAUGACUACGCUAGUGAUGUAGUACUCAAAGUUCUUAAGAGUCUUUUUAAUAGCGAUAUGUUUACUAAAUGGUAUAAUGAGCAAAAUGGAAGUGGCAAAGAGUAA